GCGGAGGAAGGAGACUAGAGCAGGAAGAGCAGUGGCGAGGCAGUGGCGGCUGUGUCCGUGGUGGCAGAGGCGAAGGCGACAGCUCCGUGGGUUGGCAGCGGCCGCGAGAGCAGGAUGCGGGUCCGGUUAGGGCUGACGCUGCUGCUCUGUGCGGUGCUGCUGGGCUCGGCCUCGGCGUCCUCAGAUGAAGAAGGCAACCAGGAUGACUCCUUAGACUCCAAGACUUCUUUGCCAUCAGAUGAGUCAGUAAAGGACCAUACCACCACAGGCAGAGUAGUCGCUGGUCAGAUAUUUCUUGAUUCGGAAGAAUCAGAAUUGGAAACCCAUAUUCAAGAAGAGGAAGACAGCCUCAAGAGCCAGGAGGGGGAAAGUGUCACAGAAGAAAUCAGCUUUGUAGAAUCUCCAAAUCCAGAAAACAAGGACGAUGAAGAACCAAAGAAAGUACAGAAACCAGCUCUGACCGCCAUCGACGGCACAGCACAUGGGGAGCCCUGCCACUUCCCUUUUCUUUUCCUGGAUAAGGAGUAUGACGAAUGUACAUCAGAUGGGAGGGAAGAUGGCAGACUGUGGUGUGCUACAACCUAUGACUACAAGGCUGAUGAAAAGUGGGGCUUUUGUGAAACUGAAGAGGAGGCUGCUAAGAGACGGCAGAUGCAGGAAGCAGAAGUGAUGUAUCAGACUGGAAUGAAAAUUCUCAAUGGAAGCAAUAAGAAAAGCCAGAAAAGAGAAGCAUAUCGAUAUCUUCAAAAGGCAGCAGGCAUGAACCAUACCAAGGCUCUGGAGAGAGUGUCAUAUGCUCUUUUGUUUGGUGAUUACCUGACACAGAAUAUCCAGGCUGCCAAAGAGAUGUUUGAGAAACUGACUGAGGAAGGCUCUCCCAAGGGACAAACUGCUCUUGGCUUUCUUUAUGCCUCUGGACUUGCUGUUAAUUCAAGUCAGGCAAAGGCCCUUGUAUAUUACACUUUUGGUGCUCUUGGGGGCAAUCUAAUAGCCCACAUGGUUUUGGGUUACCGAUACUGGGCUGGCAUCGGAGUCCUCCAGAGUUGCGAAUCUGCACUGACUCAUUAUCGUCUUGUUGCCAAUCAUGUUGCUAGUGAUAUCUCACUAACAGGAGGCUCAGUAGUACAGAGAAUACGCUUGCCUGACGAAGUAGAAAAUCCAGGAAUGAAUAGUGGAAUGCUAGAAGAAGAUUUGAUUCAAUAUUACCAGUUCCUGGCUGAAAAAGGUGAUGUACAAGCACAGGUUGGUCUGGGACAACUGCACCUGCAUGGAGGGCGUGGGGUAGAACAAAAUCACCAGAGAGCUUUUGACUACUUCAAUUUAGCAGCCAAUGCUGGCAAUUCACAUGCUAUGGCCUUCUUGGGAAAGAUGUAUUCAGAGGGAAGUGAUAUUGUACCCCAGAGCAACGAGACAGCUCUUCACUACUUUAAGAAAGCUGCUGACAUGGGCAACCCCGUUGGACAGAGUGGGCUUGGAAUGGCCUACCUCUACGGGAGAGGAGUUCAAGUUAAUUAUGAUCUGGCACUGAAGUAUUUCCAGAAAGCUGCUGAACAAGGCUGGGUGGAUGGACAACUACAGCUUGGUUCUAUGUACUAUAAUGGCAUUGGAGUCAAGAGAGAUUAUAAACAGGCCUUGAAGUAUUUUAACUUAGCUUCUCAGGGAGGGCAUAUCUUGGCUUUCUAUAACCUCGCGCAGAUGCAUGCCAGCGGCACAGGUGUGAUGCGAUCAUGUCACACUGCGGUGGAGUUGUUUAAGAAUGUAUGUGAACGAGGCCGUUGGUCUGAGAGGCUUAUGACUGCCUAUAACAGCUAUAAAGAUGGCGAUUACAAUGCUGCAGUUAUCCAGUACCUCCUACUGGCCGAACAAGGCUAUGAAGUGGCACAAAGCAAUGCAGCCUUCAUUCUUGAUCAGAGAGAAGCAACCAUUGUAGGUGAAAAUGAAACUUAUCCCAGAGCUUUGCUGCAUUGGAACAGGGCGGCCUCUCAAGGCUAUACUGUGGCUAGAAUUAAGCUUGGAGACUACCAUUUCUAUGGAUUCGGCACUGAUGUAGAUUACGAGACUGCAUUUAUUCAUUAUCGUCUGGCUUCUGAGCAGCAGCACAGUGCACAAGCUAUGUUUAAUCUGGGAUAUAUGCAUGAGAAAGGACUGGGCAUUAAACAGGAUAUUCACCUUGCAAAACGUUUUUAUGACAUGGCAGCCGAAGCCAGCCCAGACGCACAAGUACCAGUCUUUCUAGCACUCUGUAAAUUGGGCGUUGUCUAUUUCUUGCAGUACAUACGGGAAACAAAUAUUCGAGAUAUGUUCACCCAACUUGAUAUGGACCAGCUUCUGGGACCUGAGUGGGACCUUUACCUCAUGACCAUCAUCGCGCUGCUGCUGGGAACGGUGAUAGCUUACAGGCAGAGGCAGCACCAGGACGUGCCUGUGCCCAGGCCUGCAGGGCCACGGCCAGCUCCACCCCAGCAGGAAGGGCCCGCAGAGCAGCAGCCACCACAGUAACAUCUACCAUGUCCAGCCUUGAUCAGUGACAACUAAGGAAGUUGUUUGCUGAGAACACUCGCAUUUGAUUUAGGACUUUGGAUCGGUGGUCACCUCCUGGAAGAGGCACAAAGAAGCAUUGAAUUCCUAAAGCUGCUUAGAAUCUGAUGCCUUUAUUUUCAGGGAUAAGUAACUCUUACCUAAACUAAGUUGAAUGUUUGUUUCAGUGCCAUGUGGAAUAACAAGUCUCAGUGGCUUUCCUUUUUUUUUUUUUUCUUGAAACAUAUGUGAGACACUCAAAAGUAACGUCUAUCCAGCUAUCUUUCUUGGAUCCUUUCGGUCAUUCUUUCAAUGUGCGUAAGUUCUUAUAUCAGCCAUCUUUAAGGUUUUGUGCAUCGACACUAAAAACUGAUCAAUGUAGAAAGGAAAACUGAAUUAGUUGCAAGUUUAAUCUUAAACAUGUUUGAAAGAGAAUAGAACUUGCCUUUUAAGU